AUGAGGGAUAGGAACAUACCCACGGAAUUGACCAGCAUAUUCCAAUAUUGGUACGCAAAUCAGCGCAAUAGUGUACGGUGGACUAAUGCACGUUCGGACUCGUACGGGUUAGAGUGUGGCGUAAGACAGGGUGGGUUGUCUUCGCCAAAGCUCUUCAACCUGUAUGUGGACGGGCUUAUAUCGGAGUUCAGCAACACGCAUGUGGGUUGUCACGUCGACGGUGUCUGUGUAAAUAACAUCAGCUACGCAGACGACAUGGUGUUGUUGAGCCCAUCGGUGAAGGCACUGAGAAGGCUCCUGAAUAUUUGCGAGUCCUAUGCGAGCAGCCACGGAUUACAAUACAAUGUAAACAAAAGUGAAUAUAUGAUCUUUAAGGCCGCCGGUAAAAGACCAGAAAUGCCGCCACUUAAUGUGCCGGAUAUUUUCCUCAACGGCACACCAUUACAGAGGGUUUAUAGAUUUAAAUAUCUUGGGCAUUAUCUAACCGACGACCUUAAGGAUCAUUUAGAUAUCGAAAGAGAACGCAGGGCACUGGCGGUGAGGAGUAAUAUGUUGGCCCGCAGGUUUGCUCGUUGCUCGGAUCAAGUUAAGAUCACGCUUUUUAAAGCGUUCUGUCAGAGCUUCUAUACGAGCAGCCUGUGGUUCAACUGCACUCAGAAGGCGCUCAGUGCCCUGAGGGUUCAAUAUAAUAACGGCUUUCGGGCGUUGUUGAAGCUGCCCCGCUUCUGCAGUGCUUCUAAAAUGUUUGCGGAGGCACGCACAGAUGGGUUUCACGCCAUAGUGCGUAAAAGAACUGCCUCGCUAGUUAGUAGGAUGCGGAGCAGCUCUAACGGCAUUCUAAAAAUGUUUGUAGAAAAGCCUAACUCUCCCAUGCACAAACAUCUUAACAAUUUAAUGGUCAUGAGUAGCUGA